AUGUUCUUCACCAUCGCGCACCACCACUCCCCACCAUCGCCGCCACCGUACGAAGCAUGCUCGCAAGGCCACAGCACGGCCUUAAACCUCCCAACUUCGGAAGGCGGAAGGAUCUGCCUAGUCUGCCUCUCGAAUCUCAUCUCGAAUCCCAAAUCCCCAACAGUUCACGUCUCCUACGCCCUCUCUCAACUCUCCCAAGCCCUGGCUCAACCUCAAUUUCUCCACUCCUUCGUCACUUUCCACUCUCAUUUCCUAAUUUCUCCUCUCAUUCAGUCCCUUUCCGCCUUCAACGAUGCUGCCAUCGCCGCACAAAUCGUGGAUUUGGUUUUGCUAAUAUGUGACGCUGCUAAGGAUGGUCAAGUGUACGGAGAGUUCGUCGCAAAAGUUACUGAUCGUCUCUCGUCUUACUCCCUAGCUUGGAGUUGCCAACAGCUCCAAAUUCUUCAUUGCUUGGGCGUUCUCUUGGAGUGUCAGAAAAGUAAUCCUCAUGUAUAUGUCAAAGACAAAGGUGCCCUUGUUUUCAACCUUAUCGCAGGUCUUCAGUUGCCUAGUGAAGAAAUCCAAGGAGAGAUUCUGUUUGUUUUGUACAAAAUAGCUUUCCUGGUCAAUGCCAAUGAAGAUAAUGAUUUUUCUGAAGUAUUAGAUGCGAAUUGUGCUAAGCUUUUGGUCUUAUCACUGGAAGCCCUCAUGAAGACUCAAAGUGAUGAUGUUCGGUUGAACUGUAUAGCACUUUUGACAGUGUUUGCUCUUAGAGGAUGGUUUGAGAAUACAUGUAGAAAUGAAGUAAAGGAUUCUUUUGAAGCAGAGAAUCUGAUGCAAAUAUCAGAGCAGACCACAGAUGGCCGUCCUCUCAUUAGCUUGUUUGCUGAGGCUGUCAAAGGUCCCCUGCUUUCCUCAGAUUGCCAAGUUCAAGUUGCCACAUUGGAUUUGAUUUUUUUGGUGCUUGCAUGUGAAGGUGGCACUGAAGAAGAAAUCACAGUAAUGGUAGAGGAGAACAUUGCAGAUUAUGUACUUGAAAUACUGAGAUUAUCAGGAUGCAAGGAUCCACUGGUAAACUCUUGCAUUCAGGUUCUUGAUGUACUAUCAACAGCUGAGCAGGCAUUUAGACAAAGGCUUGCCAUUGGGUUUGCAACCCUGAUUCCUGUUCUGCAUCAUGUAGCCAAAGUUCCUUUUCAUCCUGCCCAAACUCAGUUGCUGAAGCUUGUAGGGAACUGUGUGUUAGAGUGUCCAGGAAUAGUUUCCAGAUCUGAUGUUGAAGAACUAAGCACUAUUAUGACAGGGAUGCUUAAGAAAAAUACAGGCAGGGAGUCAGGCAUUCUUCCAGAGACAUUCAAUCUGGCCUGCACAUUGUUAGUUACUCUAAUGAAAAAUUCAUCUUCCUGUGGGGCUUUAAGUUUAAGUUCACUUCAUGAUGCAUCAAGAGACGCUGUGUUGUCUUGUUUGGGUAACUAUGAUAAGCACCCUGAUCAACUUUUGCACUCCCUUUACCUGUUGAAAGAAACAUAUGCAUAUAGCCAUGCAGAAAAUAGUAGUGAACCAAUUAACUUGGAUCUGAGGCGCGGAAUCAUUUACGUAUGUCAAAAAGAUAUACUUCCAUGGUUCAUGACAACCAUCAAUGACAUAGAAGAGGAAGAUAUUAUCCUGGGGGUGAUUGAAACCUUUGAAUCCAUAAUGAUUCAGGAUACUGACACUGAAAUCAAGAAAUUGGCUGAGAUUAUGGUCUCUUCAUCCUGGUUUAGUGUCCUAUUAGGAUGUUUAGGGUCAUUUCCUUCUGAAAAUUUAAAAAUGAAGGUGUAUCUGAUUUUCAGUUUAAUAGCGGAUCUGCUCCUAGGUGAAGAUGCAGGACAGCCAAUACGAGGUGCUGCAUUCCACCUACCAUCUGACCCUAUAGAUUUGCUGUUCCUUCUGGGCCAGAAGAGCUCUCACAAUAUGCAUCUAUUUUCUUGUCAAUCUGCAGUACUUCUAAUACUAUAUGUAAGCUCUCUUUAUGAUGAUAGGCUUGCAGAUGAUAAGAUGGCGUUGGCUUCUUUAGAGCAGUAUAUUUUGCUUAAUGGCAGUGAUCUCUUGUGUGGAGCUUCUCCUUCACUGACAAUUGAGUUACUUGUGAACCUUUAUGGGCUAUAUAGAGGUCUUGCCAAGAUGAGUUACCAAGUCCCUUAUAGCCCAGAAGCAGAAAGAAUCCUGUUCCAUCUAUUGACUGAUGAGGAUUGGAAUUUACUUUCAAUAAAGUUUCAUUUUACUUCUCUCAAAUGGUUGUUCCAACAAGAUAAAAUCUUUAAGAUACUGUCAGAACAGAUGCUGAAUUUUUGUAGAAGCAACAGUUCUGGAGGAAGCAGUAUUAUUGCCUUUGGCAAAAAUAAGCUGAACUUAGAUGUAAGAUCAAUUGCAGAGUUGAUAAUGUCGGGACAUAAUUUUGGAUCAAUGCAUUUUGUGUGUUUACUUGGAGAGCUCAUAGAACAGGAUAACCAAGAAGAUGACAUCAUAUCAGUAGUUCAUACAAUUGCAGAAAUAAUUAAAGUGAUGCCAGCUACUUCAGAUCUGUUAUGCGUGCAUGGGAUAGCCAGUCCAAUGUGUAAUUUUUAUAGCCACUCAAGAUACUCAUCUCUUCCGGACUUAUUUAUCGACAUCUCCAAUCUAGUUAUUUUAAUUUUACGGUCAGUGCAAUCUGAGUCACUUUCUGAUGAUGAAACUUGGGUUGCUAUUUCCAUUAAGUUGAUGAAUUACUUGACAGGUACAAGAAAAACAGAUUGUUGGACCCAAGAAAGUAUUAUGGUGAUCAGCAUUUUUGCAUUGGUAUUGCACCACUCUACAAAUCAAGUGCUGAUUGAAACUUCCAAACUCAUACUUCUGAGUACUCCUUUAGCCUCAAUAAUAAAACAAGCUAUUGCUGAAGCUUGUUCAAAAGGACCAGCUCUAGUUGACCAUGAUGAAGAAACAAAAAAUGGAGAAGCUCUUAUUUGUUUGCUUUUACUGAUAUUCUUCUCUUUAAGAAGUCUAUCAGCUGUUCUACCAGGGAUAACAGAAUUGCAUAAUCUACUCAAGGAUGGCAAUGAGAAGCAGCCAAUAGCCUACAUUAGUUUGCAUUGUCGCGAUUUCUGCAAGUUGUUGCAUUUUGGCUCUCCCGCAAUAAAACUCGUUUCUUCAUAUUGCUUGCUGGAGCUAUUAAACAAAAUAUCAGAUCAAGGAAGUAGAGAGCCAGAUGGGUUAAACAUUAGAAGUGGCUAUCUAUUGUCCAUAAUGGCUAUUUUAGAAGGCCUGAUUUUUUCGAGUGAUGUCAGAACCUCUCUUAAUUGUUCCCGUUGUCUGUCGAUGUUUAUUGAUUGGAAAGAGCUGGAUGGGAAGGAAUUAGCUGCAGAAAGUAACAUCUGGUGCAGGAUGAUAGUGGAGGAACUAGUAAUGUUUUUGGCAGUUCCACGCAUCGGAUCAACAUCUUUCAUGAUCCAUCACAAGCCUGCAGUUAAUGUUGCUAUUGCUUUGCUAAAAUCAAAAGAAACUCCCCACUGGAUGGCUUCCGUGUUAGAUGAUUCUUCUUUAACUGCAAUUGUUCAAAACAUUACAAGAAGUAAUGUGAGCAGGGAACUUGUUCUUUUGUUUCGGGAGCUUCUAAAUUCUGGGUAUCUAAAGGCUGAACAUAUUGCCAGCCUAAAUCGGGUCUUCCAGGCUUGCAGGAAACAUUUAUAUGUGGAUGAAGUUCAAAAUGACACCAGUGAGGUACAAAAGGAGAAAGAAAGCGGACUUUCUGAUGGUUCAGGGAAAGUUUGUGAGAUCCUCAUUAACCUUAUGUCAUCUCUAUCUUCUCAUGAUGGCCUAGGGAGAUCACAAUGUACAAAUGAGGAACUACUGGCAGAAAUAGAUUCAUUCUCAAAGAGUCUAAUGGAUGAGGACUGAAUCUAAAUUGAAGAAAUUCAGUCUGCAUCUGA